UCAAACCCUCCGAAAUCACCUGAUCCCUUGUUGACUGAGUGUUGUGGCUUGCUCCUUUCGCUCACCGUUGGGCUCAACUGUUUAUCUCGGCGGGGUUCCUGGAGAUCCCCCAAAAUUUCCAAUCCGACCUGGAGAAAACACCAAUCCACCCUCCUAUGUCAUAAAGCGUCUAGCAUCAGCUUCCCCACUUUCGAGUCCCUCUGAUGCUCUCAACGGUCGUCUAAAUCAUUAAUCCACUUGCAACGUCUCUCUCGACAGAUACAGACCCAUCCUUUCCCACCGAUCCCUCAGUCCAAUGUCUGCUCUUCCUUCCGCAGUCACCGCCUUGUCCGCCCCGGGCAAGGUUCUCCUCACCGGUGGCUACCUCGUUCUCGACCGCAAGUACACAGGCACGGUGUUCGCCCUCGACGCAAGGAUCCAUAUCGUGGUACAGCAACUGAGACGCGGCCACCGCAGAGGAGCAUCUGGGUCAGGAAAACCCGGAGAUAGCGCACCGACUGGAACAGCGGAGGAGGGCACUGCUGUGGAUGAUAAGGACAAUGAGGAUAUCGUCGUGGUCCGCUCGCCACAGUUUAUUGAUGCGCUGUGGGAGUAUAGCAUCCAGCGUUGUGAGAACGGUGGCGGCAUCAAAGUGAUUCAGAAGAACGAGGGACGGCACAACCCGUUCGUCGAGACCUCCCUCAACUACGCCUUGACUUACAUCAGCUACGUCGCCGACUCCAAGGAUUUCGGGUCGUUGUCGAUCACCAUUCUUGCGGAUAAUGACUACUACUCCGAGACUGCUUUCUCCAAGGCGUCUGAAAUGCAGUAUGCGGGGCGAUUUGUGAACUUUGGCGUUCCUCUCCACGAGGCGCAUAAGACGGGUCUUGGCUCUUCUGCGGCUUUGGUCACAUCCCUGGUGUCUGCUCUGGUUAUCCAUCGGACAAUGCAGCCGGAUGACCUUGGUGCUGCCCGGGACAAGCUGCAUAACCUGGCGCAAGCAGCCCACUGUGCGGCCCAAGGAAAGGUGGGAUCCGGUUUCGAUGUUGCCGCUGCGAUCUACGGUUCUUGUCUCUACCGGCGAUUCUCCCCUAGUAUCCUGGAGUCUGUGGGCGAUGUCGCGACUCCUGGAUUCGAGGAGCGACUGUUUGCUAUCGUAGAGGACGUCAACCCCCAACAUCCCUGGGACACGGAAUGUCUGGAUUUCGGCAUGCAGCUGCCCCGAGGCAUGCAGAUGGUUCUGUGUGAUGUGGAGUGUGGCUCUCAGACUCCAUCCAUGGUGAAGAAGGUGCUGGAGUGGCGGAAGCAGAACCCCCAGGAGGCCGAAUUGCUCUGGACGGCCCUCCAAUCUAACAACGAGAGACUUUGCCUCGAGCUGAAGCAGCUGGCCCAGAACCCCAACCAUGAACAAGCCAAUGACUUCAGUGACGUCCGCCGCCUGAUCCAGCGCUCGCGCAACCACAUCCGCAGCAUGACCCAGAAGACGGGCGUGCCCAUCGAGCCCAAGGUACAAACCGAACUGCUGGACGUCGUCUCCGAUAUCGAAGGUGUCGUCGGUGGCGUGGUCCCUGGCGCUGGUGGAUACGAUGCCAUUGCCCUACUGAUCCGCGACGACGGCGAGGUGAUCCAGAAACUGAACGACCUCUUCGAGACCUGGGAGAGUAAGGUGGAAGACGACUUCGGUGGCAAGAUCGGCCAGGUGCGUCUUCUAGGCGUGCGGCACGGAUCCGCCGGAGUGAAGAAUGAACCGCUGGACCAGUACUCUGGCUGGGUAUGAACCAUUCUUUAGGCAUGAAACUCGGCAUCGCCCCGAGGACUCAACGGACGACUUAAGGUAUAAUUGCAUACUGAUUCGGAUUCUCGAUUUGACUCGGUUUCAACCACCCGUCGAUCGUGUCGACUUUCUCUUCUUUGCAUGCGGGCACAUAUUCAAUUAACGACAGGAUGACAUAAUGACGAGCAUAUUGCAUGUUUUAGAAUAGCAUAAUCUAUCAAUCCAAUCCAUUAACCACUC